UAUUCAAAAUUGCGUAGGGGGAUUCUGGAGAAAUUUUUUUUCCAUUUUUUUCUCACGAAUGGAAAAAGGUAAUAAAGAAAAGUUGCCAGAGCUUUCGGCAUGUGCUUUCAGUUCUAGGAUAUUCAGUAAAAACUGAGAAGAAAAUUAAUUCACAUCGUGUUAGUAUUUCAUUGCUGACCUAGUGGAGGAUGACACCAAGACAUUUGUCAUAUCAUUUGUCCGGAAUUAUCGCGGAAGACCCACGACGAAACAGUGAAGUCUUCGUGUCACAUGAUAAAUGCAAAACAAAUGAAUAAACAUUUAAUUUUCUCCAAGCAAAUAAACGCAUGCGCGAUAUCACCACCUGACUUCACAUCACAUGCCCCACUCUCUUCAUUUAUUUUGUUGGUCAAUGGGCCCUUUGGUGUUAAGGUUACGUCAAAAUUCCUCACUCGAGUUGUCCCCAAAGUCCACGAGAUAAAGCCAGUCCCCCCCAGGAACCCGGUGAUGUGGGCCGACAGGAGAAUCGCGAGCUAUGCGAUAUGUCUCCUAGUGUUUCAAGUGCAACUGUCAAACAGUCGUACCUCCUGGAGGCUCAGUGCUGACGGUGUUGUGAAGGCAACACAGUUCGCCUCCUCCGUCGAGGACGAUCUCAUUUUUGAUAUUCUCGCCGCCACUGUCAGCUCCAGCAAUGGACAGGGCUGGAGCAAAACAGCGGCCUCCGAGAGCAGGGAAAAAAUCCAGGUCUACUGCAACGAGUACAACAGCUUUGUCGCGGGAAAUCCCGAUCGACGCUUGAUGUCCUACGGAUUGACGGAGCCCUCGAAUAUCACCGAUACUGUAUCUUCGUCUACUGGUGGCACGGGCGAGCCUAGUACGUGCCCAACUGGCCAGCAGUGCGAUGACAUUGUCCUGGACUGUGGUAAACCCGUGAAUUACACGUACUAUGAUAAUUUGGUGGGCAUUGCCAACAGGAAUAAGCAUCCCCUGGUACCGGAGCCACACGUUGCUCUUAUGUUUAAGAAGGGCAGCACUAAGGUCGAGGAUGUGGACAUUGAUUUGCUGGAGAGACGUCUCAAGAAGGCCAAAAGAGAGAAACCAAAGUCUGUACAAUUGUACAACCAAAUCGGUAAUUUCUGGCGCAUAAAGGGCAAUGCCGAGCGUUCGAUCGAGUGUUUCAGGAGAGCACUGGCUGUGUCUCCUCAUAAUGCCGAAGUCCUACUGAAUCUUGCAAGGGUCCUAAUGGUCCUGCAAUACCUCGACGACGCGACAUACUUAGCUAGACGUUCGUUGGAGCUGCAGCCACCAGAUCGCAAUGCCUGGGAGCAAUACCUCACUCUGGGACAGAUAUUCAAAGCUUAUGGCCACUUCCAAGAGGCGGCCGUACAUCUCCGACAUGCCCUGGAGUUGAAGCCUGAUUUGCAGGAAGCUGCUGAUGCCCUGAAGGAAGUCGAGUCUUUACCCACUGCUAGCAUACAUGUGUAUACAUUGCUCAUUAUUGUGUGUUUGGUGUUGGGGGUUCUUCUGGUCGUCCUCAGCACCAUUGACUACGACGAGAACAUAAACCUUUCAUCUGAUCAACUUCAACGGCCUGUACAGCGUCAACUAAAUCGCGCAUUGACAAUGCGAGGCCUACGGCUAAAUGUACCACGCCAUAAACGUUGUUAAUUUUUAGAAUCUGACGAUAUAAUAAUCCGAAAAGAAACAUGAUUUCAGAUAAAUAAAAAAUGAAUGAGACAAAGAACCCAAUGAAUUGUGAUAGAUCCAUGAGUAUCGAGCAGCCAUGACUCCCUAUUGAGUAUUAAUCUGUGCGAGAGUGCUAAUUCAUGCCAUUUAUUAUAAUGAAGAUCAGAAGAAUAAUACAGUACAAUAGAAUGUGAUAACAA